GUUCUCCUUUCAAUGUGAAAUUCAUUUAUUUGAUAUAUAAUUUAUUUCACUUACGUUCUUACUUAAGAAUGUUUGCUUGGAUUUUAUUCUUUAUAACUUUUCAUUAUACAACUAGUAUUUACCAAGUUGUGAAGGAAGGUAAAUCCUGGGAGGAUAGCCAAAGGUAUUGUUACCUGAACAAUGGUCAUCUUGCUCAUGUAUAUAGCAUGAAUCUUAUACCUUCCAGUUGGAAAAGUAGCAAUGGACUAUGGGUAGGAGGCUUGCUGAAUGACAAAGGAUUUAAUUGGAUUACCAAAACUAAAGGAAAAGACGCAGAAAUCCCUUUAGCACCGCUGAUAUUUCAUAGGAGAUGUUACAGACCAUCGUUUAUACUGGGAGGUCAUGCUAUUCAGAAUUUGUCAGCAGAAAAGUGUUUCAAGCAAUGCAAGUGGAAGGGUGUAAUUGGACUUAAAAGUUUUUAUUGUUUAUGUGAAGAAAACUUGCGAAAUUUUAGUCGUACCAUAGACGACCAUUGUGAUGUAAUGUGUGAUGGGAAUCCAUCCGAACUCUGUGGAGGACCGAAAGGAGUAUCCAUGUACAAUCUCAACAACAAGGCUGUGUUAUGGGGGGCCAAUGAGCCUAAUGACAAAUUCGAAUGUGUUUACAUUAGGAAACAACACGGUCAGAAUGAUUUACUAUGGCUGACUUCCUCCUGCAACAUGAGAAUGAGAUAUAUCUGCCAUUUUGAGGACCACGAAGCAUGUGGUGUAAAGAAACACUGUCUAAGAUCGUCCAUUCAACCUGAUACAUGGCAAGCGUCAAUGGAAGGUUGUCGUCUACUUAAUGGUACAACUGCUAUAGUUGACGUAACUAUGAUGUAUGAUAACAAGGAUAUAAGUCUGCUUCCACCAGGAGAAUAUUGGAUUGGAUUAAAACGUUCUCGUAGAUGGGAAUGGAUCAAUGGAUUACCAAUAUCUUCCAGUUUAUUCCGUCAUCGUAAAACAUUUGCUGACAAUGAUAAGUGUGUCGCUUUGUCUAAUGUGGAUAGUUCACUUGGUCUUGUGCCUUCUUCUUGCUCACAGAAAAGACCUUUUAUAUGUCAGUAUGACAUUAGGGAUAGUGAAGCACACAAAUUCCAACAUUCGGACUCAAUACAAAGUUACGAAGAUACAACAAGGAGGUCACAAAAUAUGACACCAUAUAUGGACUCGGAAAUACUGAUUAGAAAAAGCCGAAACGCCUCAAACUCGAGUGAUCAAAAUACUUUAGAGAACACGGAGGAUUAUCAGACAUUCUUGUAUAAGUCAGUAAUGUAUCUUGCAAUAGGGGUAGCAGCAGGCAUGGGAUUUGUAUUUUCACUUUGUAUAAUAAUAUACGUUGGCAAAAGAUGCAGGUCGAGAACAACCGAAUUCAAGACGGUGCGAUAUCCAAAAGGAAUGGAAAAUCCUAUUUUGCGAUAUGCAAAUGACACAAAUGGUAAUCACGCACCACCCUCAGAACCAGAGGUCCUUUAUGAAAUCCCAUGUGAUGCUCAAGAAUCACCAUUUCGAACAACACAAAGAAUUUUACAACAGAACUAUGUAAUAAGUAGGGAUGGCUUUCCUACUAAUUCCUGGAGACGAAAGAACAAUGGAAGCCAACAGCGUCAACGACAACCGGAAGUGAGGAAUAUUCAUCCGUAUUCCGAAAGAUCAUAUGGAGAUACAAGUUAUAUUAUUCAUAAUGUUCGUGCACAAUGCCACCCGUCUGCAAAACCCCAAGGUCAACCAAUUGACAUAACUUAUACUGGAAGUCUAGAUACAAGGCUACGAAAGCCAUCGCACAAUCAGCAAAAUAGUGAUGUCAGACUUUCGGACACAUAUAGUUUGCCUGACCAAGGUCGAAAACUCAGUGAACCCAUUUUGCAUGUUGAUACAAGUGACUUAUACGCAUGCGUUGAGAAAGCACUGCAAGACUCAGAAGAUGACUACUAUGAUAACACUGAUCAAAACAUUCGAGUUACUGUAUGUUAAUAUGUGUUAUGAAUUCAACUUGUAACAUAUUGUAAAAAAAUUAUAAAAAUAUGUAAACCAAA